AUCGAGCCCCACCUCUCCGCUGCUCUCAUAAACGGCCACUCCCCCGUCCGUAAGCAAAGACCGCAUCCCGCACAAAGCGAAGAUAUUGUAGUGACCUUAUUACUCCCACUUCCUUUUCGAUCGCUCCAUCGCCGGUGCGGCAGCAGGAGGAGGUGGUGGAGGAUGCAGCAACGGCGGCCUGAGAACGGUGCCAUGACCUUCGACGAGGUCUCCAUGGAGAGGAGCAAGAGCUUCGUCAUGGCUAUGCAGGAACUCAAGAACCUGAGACCUCAACUUUACUCUGCUGCUGAGUACUGUGAAAAGUCUUACCUUCGCAGUGAGCAGAAACAGAUGGUAUUAGAUAAUCUAAAAAGUUAUGCUGUCCGAGCCAUUGUGAAUGCUGUAGAUCAUCUUGGCACUGUUGCCUAUAAACUGACGGACCUGUUUGAACAACAACUUCUUGAUGCAUCAACGAUGGAGAUGAAGAUUUCAUGUUUGAAUCAGCAAAAUUUUACUUGCCAAGCUUAUGGCGAUAAAGAUGGUCUUAGUCAGCAUCAAACGCCAGCAAGAACCUUGAGACAUCACAAGCAUUACAUUUUGCCAAGCCAAUAUGCAUCAAAUAUGCUUUCCUGGCACGUAGCUUCAGAAGCCAAUUCUGCAGCAACUGGGGAUCCCCUUGCAGCACCAUGCACAAGAGGUGUUAAGUGUUACAAAGUAAAUUCUGAAGUCUUCCAUCUUUUAGUUGCAGAAGACCCUGCUGCAUCACUGCCCUUGUCAGCUCCUCUCCGUGCAACUAGUGGAAAUGUGAUUUUCGACAUGAUUCCAAACAAAUCUGCUUCGAUGGGUUCUUUGAAGUCUCCAAAACCUAUUUCAGCAAUCAAAUCCUUCGACAGUCCUGGUAGACGUGAGAUCUGUAGGCCUCCUGGUCGCAGUAAGAGCAUGUUGUCGACAUUUUUCAACAAAAACAAAACCUUCAAAACAAGAAAGGUCUCAGUCUCCUGAUCAAAGGUCUCAUCUCGUGGACGUUCAUACCGCAUGGUUAUUUUAUGCUGAAUCUCUAUCUCCGUCUUGGUGAAGCAGCCAGUGUUGUGUAUAAUCUUUCUUUUGCUGAAAGUACACCUGCAACUAGAACCCGUAAUAUAUCAUCAGUGUUGAAGUUGAUGUCAGGUCUUACAA